AUGCCAACCGUCCUCCGCGCCUUCGACGAUAAGAACGAGGGCUACAAGGAGGGAAAGGUCUCCAACACUCGAUUUGGUUCAUUCCCACACAGCACUCUGAUCGGUCAGAAAUGGGGCUCUCAGAUCGCCGCCUCCAAGGUUGAUACUGGCUCUCGCGGCCGCAAACCGACCAAGCGCAAGGCCGAGGAGCUUGAUGCAUCCACCGGCGCCGACGAUGACAGUGCCUCCACAAAGACACCAGUGGCUGCUAGCAGUGGCUUCCUCCACCUGAUGUACCCGACUCCCGAAUCCUGGACUCUAUCGCUACCGCAUCGCACCCAGGUUGUCUACACUCCGGACUAUAGCUAUAUCCUGCACCGACUUCGUGCUCGCCCGGGCAGCACAGUCAUUGAAGCUGGCGCCGGUAGUGGCUCUUUUACCCACGCUUCUGUCCGUGCGGUCUUUAACGGAUACCCGGGUGAGAAACCCGCGACGAAGAAACAACGGUUAGGCAAGGUGUGCAGCUAUGAGUUCCACGAGCAACGUGCGGGACGAGUGCGAGAGGAGAUUACGGAGCACGGGCUAGACGGACUGGUGGAGGUGACUCAUCGCGACGUCUACGAAGAUGGGUUCCUCCUUGGGGACCCGCAAACAGGCCGAUCGCCCAAGGCCAGUGCCAUCUUCCUUGAUCUACCUGCGCCCUGGUUGGCUUUGAAGCACCUGGUGCGACACCCUGCCUCUGGUGGAGAGUCACCGCUGGACCCCAACUCCACAGCUUACAUCUGCACAUUCUCUCCUUGCCUGGAACAGGCUGAGAAGACGAUUCGCAUGAUGCGCAAGCUGUCGUGGCUGAAUAUCUCAAUGGUUGAGGUACAACACAACCGCAUCGAGGUGAAGCGGGAACGAAUUGGACUCGAUUGUGACGGAAUUCGCGGCGCGACGGUCUUCCCCAAGACCGUCGAUGAGGCUGCCACCAAGCUUCGCGAGGAUGAUGCGCGCGCCAAACGUUUUCGCUUGGGCCGUUCAGCGGAUGAAGAGACUUCUGCCAAAGAGGAGGCGUCCUCCUUAAAGGAGCCAGCUGGUCCGUUGUAUAGCGUGGGACGGUUGGUUCAUCGCUCAGAAAACGAGCUCAAGACACAUACUUCCUACUUAGUGUUUGCCAUCUUACCUCGGGACUGGACUGAGGAGGACGAGCAGAGGUGUCGUCAGAAAUAUCCCUCGGAUAAGGCGGAUAAUAAUGACCGUAUUCCAGCGGGGAAGAGUAGGAAGCAGAUGAAGAGGGAAUUCAAGGAGCUCCGCUUGAAGGAGGCCGCGGACGAAAAGGCAAAAGCCCAACAACCAGCAGAAGAGACCUCCGAAGCAUAG